UUCUCUUUCUUGAAGUUGAAGUAUUUGAAAAUUGAAAAUGAGCGGAAGAGGAAAAACCGGUGGCAAAGCGAGAGCGAAGGCCAAGACUCGCUCCUCCAGAGCAGGGCUGCAGUUCCCCGUCGGCCGUGUUCACAGACUUCUCCGCAAAGGGAACUACGCAGAGCGCGUCGGUGCCGGAGCUCCCGUCUAUCUGGCGGCUGUGCUCGAGUAUCUGACCGCUGAGAUCCUGGAGUUGGCUGGAAACGCCGCGAGAGACAACAAGAAGACCCGCAUCAUUCCCCGUCACCUGCAGCUGGCGGUGCGCAAUGAUGAGGAGCUCAACAAACUCCUGGGUCGAGUGACCAUCGCUCAGGGCGGCGUGCUGCCCAACAUCCAGGCCGUGCUGCUGCCCAAGAAGACCGAGAAACCCGCCAAAGCCAAGUAAACCGAGUCCGCUCUGCUUCUCCAACACAAAGGCUCUUUUAAGAGCCACCCACUUCAUCUGACAGAGAGCGAUUUACUUUAUUUCACUACUUCCUUUAUUUCACUACUUCCUUUAUUUCACUAACACACACCAUGUGUGUGCUUACAUAAGAUAAAUAAUGCGCUAACUAAACGUACCUUAACUAUUACUGUUAACUCUUGACUCUUAUUCACUUGGGUAACGAAUCUGUUCAGUAAUUUAAGACCGACAAAAGGAUGUACUCGGAGUAACGGAGUGCAGAAGAAAGUCUACUUUCACCAGCACUUUUUAAUGCCUGCUGAAAACCCAAGAUGGAGCAGAGCAUGUGUUCUGUAAGACUGAAGGACCAUGCUUUCAUGAUAAAUUUGAUGUAUACAUUUAUUCUCUGUUGGAAGGUUCAUAGAAUGCUAUUAUAAUGCUUUUGUCAAAACAUAGGCCUACAGCGGUGCUCUAUCAGUCACCAACGAGAAAGUGUUUAUUUUAUUGUACUGUUUUGUGUUUUGCUG